GUGAAAUUACAUAAAACGCAGUUGUUUAAGGCCAGCACUUUUGUCUGCCUGAUGAUGAUGACGAGUGGUUGUCAUUGUAGUUCCUCUCUGUCUGUUUGAGGCGUGUUAGCACGUACAUAUGUGUGUGAACUUGUGUUGAUUUUCCGUGCGGUGGAGCAGGAUGGGGCUAUUGGAGAGCAGAGCAGAGUUUCGAUUUUCCAUCCAUAUCUACACUGUCAGCGGAAAAAGAGAGCGUGCAGAGCGAGCCCCGUCUGGGUACAUUUUACCACACUGCCCCAUACUGCGUCUUUGUCUUUGUCUGUCCUCGUCGUUGAGUUUGGGGAGCUCUCGCGUCCGUCUGGUGUGUAAUACUAUUCAUUAAAUGUCUCUCCAUAAAAACAAAAACCAACAGUAGUUUUAAAACGCGAUCGUGUGAAGUGCAUUUUUUGUGGGACCCAUUGACCUGGCCUCCUGUGUAUACCAAUAUCGAAAACCACGGGCGUAACUCGUCCCCAUCAUCAUUGUGUUUUGAAACGCCAGUCAGCGUAAUUGCCAAAAAAAAAAAACCAGCUAGCCAGCCAGCUAACAACACAUCGCCCCCUAGUAUACAUAUUCAUAUAACCCCAAGUGCAAAACGAAACGAAACAGACAAAAAAAAAAGAAAAAAAAAAGAGCAGUCGUCGAUGAAGUUGAUUGCCAUGACUACGCAAUAGCAACAACAAGGGGCUAGCAUACAUACAAUAUUUUAUUGCUGGUUUUGGUGGUAAAUUUGCAUUGUUAACGGCCGUGGCCAGACGUGCCCUGCUUCUUUAACACACACGUCUCUCAAACCGAAUAUACCGAUCAUCAAGAUUACCGAAUUUCCCCCCUAUUGACUCUCGUAAUAUAGCUCUCGACAUGUAUAAAAAACCAAAAAAAAAAAUAAAAUCUAGAAAAUAAAAAUCCGAAAACAAUAAAUACUGAUACUGAUACUGAAGCAACUAAACUGAAAAAAUGUAUACUAAAUACAUAGUAUGUAGCACAUAAGACUGCCAUCUGCCCAUCUGCCAUUUGCCGUUGCCGUUGACACACUGUUCUGUAUCUAUCUGGCUGUGCUGUAUCCGUAUCCGUAUCUCAAAAAAAAAAAAAAAAACCAACUCAACUCACUGACCAAAACUAUCGCAAUCGCAAAUGCAAAAUGCAAAUAGCAAACUGCAAACUGCAAACUGCACACACCUCAACCUCAGCCUCAGCUCAACUCAAGCUCAGCUCAACUUUUAAAACGUAUAAUCCUCGAACUGCCUACAAAACCAACCAACCAACCAACCUAUAUAUCAACCUAUAUAUCAACCAACCUCAACCAAUGAACCAACCUAUCAACGGUCUACCGCAACUGGCAACUGAACGGCUUUAGUUUCUGCGUAAAUAAAAGAAAGAUAGCCCCCAAAGAUAGCUCUCGACCUCGACCUCGUCAGUCGCUCAAGUCGGCCAGUCGCCAUCUGCAACGCAGCAAAACAUCCUUGCUCCAGGAGCAGCCGCAGCAGCAUGCUCAACUCAAAUGCCAGCAGCAGCAGUCGUCGGCCCUUCUCCCGCAACUCCUCAUCGGCACGAUCGCAUCGUGGGGGUGGCGGCCGUAUGUUGUACUCCCCACAUCCCCAUCCUCAUGUCCAGCAACAACAACAACAGCAACAGGGUCAGCAGCAACAACAACGCUCCAACAACAGCCUUCUUCCUGGCCAUAGUCCUUGGUGCAAUGUGAACAACAACAACAACAGCAACAGUAACAACAACAACAAUGCCAAUAAAGAUGCAAUCGAUGGCCGAAAUAUAAAUUGCGAUGUACAAACAAGUAAUUCUAGCGGAACUUGUAUUUAUAACAAUAGCAAAGCGCAUCAUCAUCACAACAACAACAGCAACAACCAAAAUGGUCACACUCAGAGCCACAAUCACACUAAUCACCCCCAUACCCCCCAAUUGCACACCCACUCGCAUUUGAACCACCAUCCACCCACCACUCAGUACAACAGCUACCGCCAGCAGACCAUGCCAUGCUCACCAGACUCCCCAUCUCACAGUAACUCUAGCAAUCUCAGUAGUAUUCGCCAACAACAAGAGCAUCCCUUAACUCAUCAUCCCUCCCCCCAUUCCAAUUACUAUGAUACGUGCGGUUCUCAGGUCCCCCGUACCUAUGGUUCCAUGUCCGUUUCGUUGGUGAGACUGAAUCCAGCCCGUCUGUGCCUGACCCUCAGCCCAGCCACACCGCCUUCCCAACCCACCAAUCGCCAUCAUCAUCCGAAUUUUUCACGACGACCCCCCCUUGUAGUGUCCUUUGCUCCUCCCAGCUCCUCCUCAAGUUCAAACUCAGGCUGCAGUUCGAGUGUCAGUGAUCACAAUCACUUCCAUCAGCAGAUGCCACGUAGUCAGAACCAUUAUCCCAACAAUCCAAACAAUCCAAACCAGUACCAUGCUCAUCCUCAACACCAUUACCAUCCAUUGCAUAACCCGCAGACUAAUCGCCAAUCCCUCCCGCUAACACGAACGAAUUCAAAUUCAACCAACGCAACAACUCUCAAUCAAAUCUCAACCAAUCCAACAACAAAUAGUUAUCCUACUGAUGUUGUGAAUGUAAAUUCUUGUACCGAUAUAAUUCCUCAUGGGUCUUCUUCGCCUUCGCCAUCGCCUUCGCCUUUUUCUGCGUCAUCGAUGCUGUCCCAACAACCACAACCACAACAACAACGUCGUCAAAUUAAUAACGCAUCUGCAUCACUCAAUAGCCACAGCCAGGGACAGGGUCCUGGAAACUCCUCCAAUAUGGGCCACAAUCAUCAGCGUGGCUACAAUCGGAACGGCAUUGGUAACGGUGGUAAUGGUAACGUGAACGGAUCACCCGAUUAUAUGAACUACCGGCGUGGCGUCUGUCCGGCAUUGUCACGGGAUUAUUCCGGCCACAAUCGUCGUCACAUGGGCGAGAUCCAUUUGAAUAAUCCCUCAUCGUCCAUGAACGGUCAUUCCGGUCAUCAUCAGCGUAAUUACAACGACAGAAAUGUGAACAAUCACUUUGGAAGCUCAGAUCAGGGCGGUCCUGACCACCGAGAUCGUGGCGAAGGCUCCUCCUACAACUUUAUGCGUAAUGGCGGAGGAGGAGGAUAUGGACGCAACGGGUCUCAUUAUCAGCAUAUGGGAUACGGUAACAACAACAAUGGUGCCUCCACAUCAUCGGGCGGUCCAAGUGGACUGAUGGGUGACCUCCCCUCUGGCUCGGGCCUGUCCGGAUCCUCGCUGUCGCUCAACAAUGGACCCGGAGGUCUCAAUUCGGACAGUCCAUCGCGAAAGCGGCGUCGCAUCUCUGGAAGGCCGCAAAAUGGUCCGCAGUCUCAACACCGGUGCCUUCUGGCUCAGAUGCAACAGGGAAGUCCCCCAUUGCGACGCCCGCGGUUGCGGGACGUGGCGACCUCUACCCAGCAGCAACCUCAGCCGCCGUACGGCCAGCCCCCUCAUCACCCCCAGCAACAGCAGCCGCCUUCUAACUACCAUCAGUUGCACCACCACCAGCAGCAACCACCGCCAUCCCACUAUGCUCCACAGCAACAACAACCGCCGCCACCACCUCACGCUCAGCGGGCGCCCUGGGAUUUGGGCGGUAAUGGAGGUAGCGCCGGUGCCGGUGGAACACCCUCCAGCAGCACUGUGGGUCCCAUUCUGCAACAGGUUCCGGCACCACCUCAGCCGCCGAGCCACCAGCAGACUGUGGGCUAUCCACCGGCGCCCCCGCCACCUGGUUCACUAAUGGUGGACCUAAAUCUGAACCAAGUGCCGGCUGUCAGCUUGCAGUUACGCCCCUCGGAGCCCAUUUGGGCCUCCUUCUGCACGUAUCCGAUUCCGGCCCAGGCGCGUCUGGCUCCGUGCCUGCACGGGGUUUACACGCAACCCUUCCCCACUGCCCCGCCUCCUGGCUUGGCAGCGCCUCCUCCUCUACAAGUGGCCCCAGUGCCAUCGCAGGCUCAAAUGGCCGCCGCCGCGGCUGCCGCCCAGCAGAUGAUUGCUCAGGCUACGUUGACAGCCCAACAACAGCAACGGGAUGUUAUUGCAGUGGCUAAUCUGGGACCAUUAGAGCCACCGGGUGCCCAUCACUUGGAUGGACAUCAUGGCCCCGGAGGCGGACCUGCUGCUGGGCCGCAUGGCCAUCCUCAUGGUCAUCCCCACGCCCACCCCCAUCCGCAUCCACAUCAGCUUCCGCACGGCAUCCAUAUUACGCCACUGAGCGGAGCGGCGGCUGCGGCCGCUACACACCACCUACAUUCCACGGCGGCAGCUGCGGCUGCUGUCGCUGCCCAGGCAACAGCUCAGAUGUCCGCCGGGCCGCAGCAGAUCAUCAUCUCGUCGGACCGCCGAACAUUCCCACCCCACCGCCGCAUCCAGCGGUUCUGGCCGGCAAAUCAUGGCCACCGCCACGUUCUGCCGCCACAGUCUCUGGCUGCCCACCAGGCACCCGUGCAGAUCCAGACCACGUCGGGCAUCAUUAAUCCUGGAUUCCUGCUUAACUUCUUGGCCAUGUUCCCGCUUUCGCCUUAUAAUCAACAUGACCUUAGCUCUGGUGACACCAACGAGACGGAGAACUACGAGGCGCUUCUCAGCCUGGCCGAGCGUCUGGGUGAAGCCAAGCCUAGAGGACUAACCCGCAACGAGAUUGACCAGCUGCCUAGCUAUAAAUACAACCCGGACGUGCACAACGGAGACCAAUCAUCAUGUGUGGUGUGCAUGUGCGAUUUUGAGCUUCGCCAGCUACUCCGCGUCCUGCCUUGCUCCCACGAGUUCCACGCCAAGUGUGUUGAUAAAUGGCUGCGGUCCAAUCGUACAUGCCCUAUUUGCCGAGGAAAUGCUUCGGACUUCUUCGACGGAGCUGAUCAGCAACAGGCGGCGGCACAAGCCACCGCCAGCGGAGCAACUGCGAUCAGCAGCGGCACAUCCCCAAGCAAUUCCGUAGCUUCGGGAACAUCCUCGGCAGCUGCAGCUGCCCCAGCCAAUCCUCAGCAAAGCCAAGCAGCCUAGACACGUAAUCACAAUCGUAUAUUAAGCAACUCUUGCUUCUCCGGCUUUUCCGGGCGAUGAGUGGACGAGGGAAAGAGUCCGGGGAUAGGGGUUGCCAUCACUUGGUGUAACGCGCAACGAAUCCAACUGCCAAACCGUCGUCGCUUCCUCCUCAGCUAUUAAACCUCCGCCCACCUGGCCAACCUCCCUGCGACUUUUGCUCCUCGGCCACGCCCUCGCACAUCUCGCCGCCUCUUCAAUAGCUUGUCGUAGACAUUAGUUUGUAUGUGAGUAAUGGUAAUCGUAAUUAGGGUUUCGACCCUAUAUAUACAUACCACCAGAAAAUCGACUAUAUAUAUAGACAUAUAUAUAUUAAAAAAAAAAACAAAUAUUAUUGUAUGUAUAGGGAAGAUGAGAUCGUAUAAAAUGUGUCAAGCCUUGCACAAUGUUCAAUGUAGAUUUUCUUUGUCUUUUCAACAUUCGAGGAUACUCUAUAAUCCAUUAUAACCACUUGAUAUGGUCAGAAAUACAUAUAUAGAUGCAUAUGCUUGGAAAUGGUGUAUAAAAAAGUCCUUUGCCAAAAAACCAGAGCGAUUUAGGAAUUAUUAAUUAUUGGAAUGUUAAAGAAGAAAUCGCACUUUGAGGGACGGGACUCGGAGUUUCCCGAAUCAUCUAAAACUGUUGCUGUCCACACGCAUACAUAAAUACAUAUAACUCUAUAUUAUAUACAAAAGAACAUAUUUAAAGUAAAUGGAAUAUAUAUGCCUAUAUUUGUAUUUGUAAUUUAGAUUUUUGUUAUAUGCUUUUGAGUUAGGCCUGCAUAUUUGCUGCUUCCUCCUCGUACUUUAUAUUUAAUACUAUUGCGUUUAGAUAUUUUUUAUCUUCAACUUACUAUAUUAACUUAACCCUUAGACGAGUAUCGACACAAGCAUACUACAAAAAACAAAAACAAAAAAAAGAACAAACAAAUAAUUAUACUGCAUUGCAUUUUAUACUAAUUAUACGAACUGAACCCACUGAAGAAGUUCUUCUUCUUGCACUAAGCAAAAACCAAAACAACAAGGAUAAAAAUACGAAUCAUAUAUAUUAUAUAUAUAUAUAUAUUUUUUGUUUCUACUGUUUGGAAAUUAGUAACUAUAAACAAACAAAAAACGGAAAAACGGAAGCAACUAACUUUGAAACAUAUAAGCAAUCUUUAAAAUCGACUAAACCAGAUGAACGGAGGACGAUUAGCGUUUCAGCAAAUUUACUAUAUAUAGUAUAGAUGCAUAUAUAUACACUAACACUAACACUAACACACAUACACACACACACACACACACUUUUACAGUAACCAAGAAGGAAACCAACGGUAUAAAGAAUUUAGCAUGCAGGCAUAGAAGCAUAUGUAUAUUGGUGGGCUUAUUAAAUAUGUAUUUGUAGUAGAUGUGUGCGUAAUUAAAUCUAAUGCAAUCGCUAUGAGAACACAAAUAUCGUAUCGUAACCAGACUUUUUCAGGGUCCUUUGGGAUCGAUGAUAUAGUACCAACUGGUAUCGAUCAUCGACCCAUUUUGCCCGCCCCACUUCCGUAGUAUUUUGCCUUUUGAACUGUAACGUCUGUAGCUCUACACAGAAUGCAUUAACAUAACACAUACAUAUAUACAUAAAUCUAAAACCUCCUUGAAUCAAUGUGACUUGUCUAUUAAAAAAUUAUAUAAUUGAGGAAAAUCUAUAGUUAAAAAUUAAACUAGCCGCGCAUCAGAUGCGAUCAUUAUGAGUAUCAUAUAAACAUAUACACCAAGAAAAAAAAUUAUAUAGAGAGUUUCCUUCUGAUACGCCGCGAUUCAAGCCAACUACGUGCACUAGCCUUUUUGACGGAUGACGGAUAACGGAUAACGGAUGACGGAUGACAGCCAUAAAAAUUUUUACCAAUAUAUGUACAUGUACAAGUACCAUACAAUAAUUAUCUAUAUCUAUCUAUCGAUCGAUCGAUGAACACCAAACAUAACCAAUUAACGUGGAACUAAAACCAAAACCAAGCGAGAGAUGAACAAGUAAAUUGAAAUGAUUCCUGCCCUCCAUUCGUAUUAAAAACCAUUGAAACUAACUCAACAACUUUUUAUAGCAUAUAUAUACAUAUGGAUAGCAUUGAUUUUUUGUGAGAAUGGAUAUACAUAAAAAAGUUAGUUUAGCCUUUUCAGGUAUGCAGCAGCAAUAGUAUGGGAUGCGCGUUGCUUAUAGCGAGAGUUGCCUCCUUGCACGACGCCUCCUGUGUCCCUUCAAUUAACCCGAAAAUAUGGUCCCAUGGUCCCAUCUUCCUAUAAAUGAAAGUUCUCAAAUCCUUAAUACGCUAUGCAUUACUGAAAUCUUGAUACCUAGUAUAUAUGUAAAACGUGUGUGUAUUUAUUUUUAAUCUAUAUGAAUGGUAUUUCCAAAAGACCAUUGUAAAGGUGUUGUGCUUUUCUAGAAUUUUAUUAGUAGGAACAUCAACUGAACGAUUAACGAAAAACCCAAAAAUAAAAGUUUAUUUUUUGUCACAAUAACAAAACGUUAUGAUAAAAGCAAAUAAUUAUAUAUAGAAUAUAUUAUAUACAUGAAUUGAUUACCUUUUAUACGUGCACUGACAUACAUACUUAUGAGUAUAUGUAAACCAAUAUAUGUAUACUUGCAAAAUAACAAUUCAAUCAACAAGCUAUGCGAAAAAAAAUCUUUACUCAAUAAUUUCUUAUCCGGUUUCGAUAUUUUGUGUUCGUUCUAUAUCUAUCCCUCCCCCUUCUAUAUCCUGAACUGACAGCACUAAUAAUAGGUGUUUCCAUCGAAUAGUUUCCUUCCGGUUUAACUCUCCUUCAGGUUUAUUAUUUUUUUAAAAACAACAGAAAUCAAAAGCUUAUCAUAAAAAUAUAUUUAUAGUAUAAAAAAUACAAAUAAAAAAUACAAAAAAAAAACAAAAAAAACAAUUAACACAAAUAAAAAUUAUAAAGUUUUGCUGUGAUGUACGUUAUAUAUAUUUAAUUACAUAAAAUGCAAUAAAAUUUAAAAACAUAUAAUGCAUAAUUCCAAAUUAUUACAACAAAACAAAGUAAAAUGAAAACAAAAAUGCAGAAGAAUGAUUAUGAAAUACAAAAACCUUUUACGCAUGAGAAUUUCACCAAAAACAAUGCAAAAAAAACCAACAUGUACGACAUACUAAAAAAAACAUCUUACACUUGUCUAGAAUUUAUGCCAUUUUAAACGUGAAUAUUAUUUUACAUUUUUGUAGACAAGAACCGAGACACUCUCUUCUAGUAAUUGUAAAAUCAGUUAACCAUAGUAUUAAACCAACGUUUUUCAGUGGCAUUGUAACGGUGAGCGGGCGUUUUAAAUGUUAAUUGCAUUAAUUUAAAUUUUCGGUUUUGUAUUAACUCGCAAGAUUUCAAUAAAAUUCAAUGAACGUCAAUAAAAA